UAAUUAGCUUUAACAAAUUAGUUUACAGAUCAGAGAUCUUCAGAGAGAAUGGAAGGGAAAGAGGAGGAUGUGAUGGUGGGAGCAAACAAGUUCUCUGAGAGGAUGCCAUUGGGAACCUCAGCACAGGGAAAGGACUACAAGGAGGCACCACCAGCACCACUGUUUGAGGCUGGGGAGCUGCACUCAUGGUCUUUCUGGAGGGCUGGCAUUGCAGAGUUCAUAGCCACUUUCUUGUUCCUCUACAUCACUGUCUUGACUGUCAUGGGUUACUCUAGGUCUAAAAGCAAGUGCAACACUGUUGGUGUUCAGGGCAUUGCUUGGGCUUUUGGGGGUAUGAUCUUUGCACUCGUUUAUUGCACUGCAGGCAUCUCAGGUGGACACAUAAACCCUGCAGUAACAUUUGGUCUGUUUCUGGCAAGGAAAUUGUCCCUAACAAGGGCAAUUUUCUAUAUUGUGAUGCAAUGCCUAGGAGCCAUCUGUGGCGCAGGGGUGGUGAAGGGCUUCCAGCCAUCGCUGUAUGUGAGUAAUGGCGGAGGGGCCAACGUGGUGGCUCAUGGCUACACCAAGGGUGAUGGGCUUGGUGCCGAGAUCGUUGGAACCUUCAUCCUUGUCUAUGUCGUGUUCUCUGCAACUGAUGCCAAGAGAAAUGCCCGAGACUCCCAUGUCCCUAUAUUGGCUCCUCUCCCAAUUGGGUUUGCGGUUUUCUUGGUUCACUUGGCCACCAUCCCCAUCACAGGGACUGGCAUCAAUCCUGCACGUAGCCUUGGCGCUGCCAUUAUCUACAACAAAGAUCACGCUUGGGAUGACCAGUGGAUAUUCUGGGUCGGACCAUUCAUCGGAGCUGCACUGGCCGCCCUUUACCAUCAAGUUGUCAUCAGAGCCAUCCCAUUCAAGACUGGAAACUAACUGAACAACCAUCUUCCUUAAUUAGCUUGCUUGCACUGUACUACUUUUCAUUCUAUCUAUCUAUACUUUCUACUGUCUAAUUUUAUCCUUGUGGUUUGAUAUUGGUUAUCAAUGAAUGGAAUGGAAUGGAAGCUAGGAAGAUGUUGAUUAUAUUGUGUAUAAAGCUACUCUCUAAACUAUUGGGCUGCUAAACAACUUGAUUGCUGUUA